AUGCACUUCCUAAAUUGCCCAUUCGACAAGGCAAGAACCAAGCUGAUUUUUAAAUCCAAAGUGGAGGAAAAAAUAAACGAAUGUAAAAAUAGGGGCAUUGUUACCACCCUAGACACAAAGGAAAAAUUCAAAAAUUGCAAAAUAAAACUGAGCGACGAAUUCGUUAGCAGUUGUAAUGCGAAGCUCCUAGUAGACAUUUUAAAAAUCAAGAAAAAAUUAAAAGUAAUUUAUGACAUAAAAUAUACUAUAAUUUACAGCAUCUUGUUAAAAAGGAGAGAAAAAGAAAAAACUGGCAAUUCCAAAAAUAUAAGUCCCCAAAAUGGUACAUACAAAAUUGUGAGAAAAAACAUCUCUUAUUUUUUAAACCAGUAUCUUCUUUUAAAAUGUAUAUACCAAAGCGCGUACGGCAAUAUAUACAGCUGCAGAAAUAUUGUGAACAAGAAAAAAUAUUGCUUGAAAGUUUUUCAUGUAGCUAUUUGCUUAAAGCAGAAUUGUCCAUACUAUGUUAACAGCCAAGUGUACUUAACUAACUAUCUUUAUAAAAUUUUAAAUGAAAUUUUUUUUUUAAAUUAUCUGGAUAAUCAAAAUGUAAUACAAAUUGAAGAGGUACUUUUUGACCAAAAAAAAAACAUCCUAUUUAUCCUUUUACCACAAGUGCCCUACAAAUCUAUGCAUUUCAAAAAAAAAUACGGCAUUUAUUCCGUGCAUAGCAAAAAAACGCAAAAAAUAGACAACAACUGUAUACAAGUACAUCUAUACUCAGAAAAUUUCAUCAAACUUCUCUUUUUAAAUAUCUACGAUACACUGAAUUAUUUGCUACACAAAAGUGUGACUUACUUGGAUCUGAAGCCGGAUAACAUACUACUAACCUGUAGAUACGCACAAGAAGUAUCUUCCUACCAUGUACCUGUGAAAAGAAACAAACCCCCGGAAAUGGCAACAAAGUGUGUAGACAUAUCCAAUAUACAAAUGCACAUCCAAAAAAAACUGAACGAAAAUUCGAAAAAAAAGCGUAAAAAAAAUGACAACAACCAUGCUCAUGCUGAAAAAAUGUAUAAAAUAAAUAUUUUCCUCAGAAAAAAGGUAAAAGGGAGAAAAGAACUGGACGAAAAAAGGCGCCGAAAAAUGCUUCACUCAUACUGCCAUUACAAAAAAAUAACCCCCAAAAAAGUGAAAAAUAAAAAAAUUAAAUAUAUCCAUCACGUGAAUCUUCCCAAUUGUUACGAAUACGACAAGAAUGUAAGGAAAACCUUUUUUGUAGAAAACAAAUUAAAAGAUAUUUUUUUCUCAUCACACGAUGCCACUUCGUACAUUCAGAUCUUCGUUAAAAGGAUGAAGCGAAAGAAUGUGCCUCCAAGUGAUGGCCCCCCCGAAACACCUGCAUUUAAAAAAAAGGAAAAGAAAGCAGAGGUGAAAGCAGAAACGAAGGUGAAAACGAUUUCAAAUAAUGCAUAUAAACUACGCGCAAAUGACUACCGAAUUAACAAAAUAAGAAACCUGUCUUUUUUUAAGCACAAGUCAACAAAUUAUAUAAGCUUUCUAAAAUUUUACUGGCUAUAUUUUAGCGAAGAAGAUUCGGGAAAGUGGAGCGGAGCCCUUUUGCCAUACCUAGAUAUAUAUUUCGUGCAUAAAUACCUUUGCACGGGUGUGGUUGCCAGUGGUCACGCGUUAAAUAUAGGCGUCCAGGAGAAUGUCGACAAGACCACUAUGGGUGACACCCCUCAAGAACGUACCAACUACCACAACACCCACGAUGCUGAUAUACGAAAAAAUGAGCCUAAUCAAAAACACGAAUUGUAUAGAGAAGAUUCAAGUGAGUUAUCGUCCUCACAAAAUAGAAUCCCCCACCAUAACAUCAUGAAGUUAAUAGAUUUCGACGAAUGUUCCUUUAUUCUGAAAAACCUCAAUGUGUAUAGCCGAACAACGGAUAUUUUUAACUCCUUCGAGGGCUUAUUUGAUGUAUCUAAUUCAGAUAUCCACUUUUCGAAGAAGCUGUCGUACAACUUUGGAUCAGUUCUUUAUACCUUUCUGUUCGGACGAACCCCAUUCUACGGAAAUCACAUUUUUGAAAUUUAUCAGAACAUGAAAAGCAACAAAUUGGUUUUCCCAAAAUACCGACAAAUUGACCAAGACUUAAAACGCUUAUUAAGAAAAUUGCUAAAACACAAUCCAGACAAGAGAAUGCAAUUCAAAAAAAUUAAACGACAUAAAUGGUUUUCAAAGGGUCAGCCAACAGUAAGCUCUUAG